AUGCGCCCGGCGGCGGCCGUGGACGCCGACCGGGGGGCGGUCCCCCGCCGGCCCCACCCCCGGCCCGCCCGCCCACCCCCGCGACACCCCCCGCCGCCGAAGCGGCGAGGGGGCGCGGACGGAGGGCGGGUGGAGGGGCCGGGAGGCACGGGGAGCGGGAAAGAUCCGCCGGGCCGCCGGCACGGCCGGACCCGCCGCCGGCAACCCGACUCCGGGAAGACCCGGGCCCGGCGCGCCGGGGGCCGCUACCGGCCUCACACCGUCCACGGGCUGGGCCUCGAUCAGAAGGACUUGGGCCCCCCACGAGCGGCGCCGGGGAGUGGGUCUUCCCGGGUCGCCACGUCUGAUCUGAGGUCGCGUCUCGGAGGGGCGGAGGGCGAAGCGGGCGGGCGGGCGGGACGGGACAGAUGGGACACGGGCGCGGACAGCCCGAUCGGCUCCCCCUCGCUCGUCCGCUCGCUCGCUCGCUCGCCCACGCGCGGGGAACAGGGCACCCGCCAGGUGGGAAGGGGACACGGUAGGAGAGCCACGCGCGAGGACCGACCCCCGGUCCAGCCUCCACCCGCCUGGCUCCCCCACCCCACCCCACCCCGCCCCCACCCGCUCAAGCGGGGGGGAGGCGCCGGGGGUGGGAGGCAGAAGGGAACACAGACGGGCGGCGGCACGGGGAAGCACGAGCCGGCGGGCACGGGGACGGGCGGGCGGGGCGGGGCGCGGCAGGGAAAGGCGCACAACGACGACCAGGCCGAGAGACCCCACCGGCCGGGGGGAACGCACGCGCCGCGGCGCGGAGGACAGGCGCAGGAGGAGGAGGAGGGCGGCAGGCGAGGGAGCAACGAGAAGAAAAACCCGGCGGUCGCCCCCCGACCGCCGGGGGCCCCCCUGCCUCCCCCUCUCUCCCUCCACGCAGCCUCACGCGCGUGUGCGGCCAAGACGCCCCACGACCGACGGGUGGCUGGAAGCCGGGCACCCAACCCCCCGGAGCGACACCGAAACCCCGCGGGCUCGGGGGCACGAGGCACCGCGCGGCCACAGCCCGGGGGGAAGCGCGCGGCGGCGGAAGGACACCGCGGCGUCCCGCGGGCCACCACCGGGGCACGCAUCCCCGGGGCGCGGCCACGCGCGCGACACGGCCUCGGGGCGAGCCGCCCGCCCCGACAGGGCGAGGCGUUGUUUGGGGGGGCGCGGGGCGCGGAAGGAACCCCAGGCGGCGCGGCGGACCGCGGCAGGGAGCCGGCCGGACACCGCCGCCACCGCCGCCGCCGCGUUGGGGGCGCGCGGCAAACGGGAGGCGGCGGCGGCCCGGACUCGACCCCCCCACCGACAUCGCACCGCUUGCGGCGCGAGGAGGCUCCCAAAGGGACGGCGGCGGCCAAGGCCAACGGCCUCGGCGCGAGCCCUCUGGUCCGUCUCUUCCCUCUCACGGGCGGCGCGCGCCCCCCCAAGGCCUCGCAGCCGCCGCCGCCCGCCCCCAGCCAACCCACCCCACCGUCCCACACGCGCUCCGUCAAGCGAGCGGGCGGCGGGGGCAGGGCCAGCGCCGCCGCCGCCGCCGCGAGGGCAGGGAGAGAGGGCCCGGGCCAAGCGGCGGCAGGAUCGGAGCAGUGGAGCGGAGGCAUGGAGGACCAACGGCCGGGAGAAAACCCGGCCCAGAGCCGGCGGCGGGAGGGCAAAGCCCAUCCCGAGACGCGCCGAAAACACCACGGGGCAGCCAAGGCCGCGCGACCGGAGACAGAGACGCGCGGGGGGGUGGGGGGGCAGGGCACGGCCCGGCCCCCCCCCAAAAAGCCCCGGAUCAACCCUCGGACCCGCCUCUCGGCGACGUGGCGGGGAGGCGCCUUCCCUCCCGCCCUCGCGUCCCGCGCCGCGCAGGUGGAGGAGGCGAGAGAGCGAGCAGGGCGGGCGGACAGGCAGACGCGGGCCGCCGCCGCUUGCCACGCUCUCGCCAACAAGUUGGGGGACGCCGACCGCUCGGGGGUCGCGCACGGCGACUACCAUCGAAAGUUGAUAGGGCAGACGUUCGAAUGGGUCGUCGCCGCCACGGAGGGCGUGCGAUCGGCCCGAGCGAGGACCGACGACGGGCCGCCCGACAACUCGACCGAGGGCACAAGCGGCGCGGGGCCGCACCGCGGCGUCGCGGAGGGACGAGGGGGGAAGCCCCAAGCUCCCCCACCACCACCACACCCCAGACACGGACCUCCCCCUCGACGGCCCGGGGCACCGAGCAGUCACGAGCGGCACGGCUAUGACGGCCGGCCCGCAGCGGCUAGCCGGGUCCCGACUCGCGCUCAGAGGCCUCCAGCACAACGGCGGUCCCGCCGCAACACCCAGGACGCCGACUGGCCUCCCCCUCAGCCCCUGGGGGGCCCCCCUCGCGGGGGCCCCACGACCGCCACCGACGACACCGAUGAGCCACAGCCGGCCCCGUGGAAACAAGGGGACACCCGAGAAGCACAUCACCCAGGGACACCCGCCCGGCCACGGCGGCCAGGGGGUGACACCCACACGAGGUGA